AUGAUGCCCCGCCGGAGGAGCCGCUAUGUGCUCCUGGUCGCCUUUGUCAUGGCUUUCAUGCUGUACCAGGUCUUCAAGAACCCUGAGUGGGAUGCGACAGGCUAUACCGGCAGCAUCAAGCAGAAUGUCCCUGACAAGGUCAAGACUGAGCCGGGCAAGCAACCUCCUGUCAACGAUCAAGCCGUAAACAAGCCCCUGAACAACCAGCCGCCCCCGGAGCACGAGCACCCUCACGACCAGGAGGAGGAUGAACCUGAACAGAACCCCCAAAAGCAAACGGCCAAGCAGACCGUCAAGAUCCCCCAGCUCAAGACUGAGGCGGCGCCGAAGGAGAAGGUCAACCCUACCAAGUCUGUCAACACCCCUACGAUGCCUGUCUAUAACCCAGAAAAAGCCGCCGACGUCACGAAGGCCGCAACGAUCCCCGUUGAGGAGGAUAUCCACGCCAAGAACCCUCCAGGCAGACUCAACCCCGACCGCGCGCGUGAGAGCGCAUCCACGACGACGUCCCAAAUCCACUGGCAUAAGGUCUCCGAGCACUUCCCAGUUCCUACCGACGAGAUCAUCCCCCUUCCUACCGGCAAGCCCAAGGAGAUCCCCAAGGUCCAGUAUAAGUUCACCGCUGAGUCUGCAGUGGCCAAGGAGAAGCGCGAGAGCCGUUUGGCGCAAAUCAAGGCCGAGAUGCUGCGCUCCUGGGGCGGAUACCGCAAGUUUGCUUGGAUGCAUGACGAACUGUCGCCUGUCAGCGCCCGUUUCCGCGACCCCUUUUGCGGCUGGGCUGCCACCCUUGUGGACGGCCUCGAUACCCUUUGGAUCAUGGGCAUGAAGGAAGAGUUCGACGAGGCCGCCAAGGCCGUCAAAAACAUUGAUUUCACUUUCAGCCCGACGCGCCGCGACAUUCCCGUUUUCGAGACGAUUAUUAGAUACUUGGGCGGUUUGCUGGCGGCGUACGAUGUGAGUGGAGGCAAGGAGGGCGGAUACGACAUGCUGCUGGACAAGGCCACCGAGCUCGCCGAGAUUCUGAUGGGCGUCUUCGAUACCCCCAACCGUAUGCCCAUCCUGUACUACAACUGGCAGCCCCAGUAUGCCUCCCAACCGCACCGCGCCGGCACUGUUGGCGUGGCCGAGCUGGGUUCCAUGAGUAUGGAGUUUACUCGUCUUGCGCAGUUGACGGGGGAAAACAAGUACUACGACGCGAUUGCUCGCAUUACCAACGCUUUCGAGGACCUCCAGAACCGUGGCACCACGCUGAACGGCAUUUUCCCGGAGCAGCUGGACGCUUCAGGCUGCAACAGGACCGCCGAGUCUAUUCGUUACCAGGAGGAACAAGCCGCGGCUGCAAGCGCCAGCGCCGCUGCCGCCGCUGCUGCUCUCAAGGAACCCGAGGGUCACAAGCCCGCUACGGACGACAAGCGAGACCAGGUUCCCGCGUCCCUUCCUUUGGAGACCGGUGCACCCAAAGGUAAAGACAGUGAGUCGGACAGCAGCUCGCUCCGGAAGCGAGCGGUUGGUCUCACCGAAGGCGGCACUUCUGUGGUGGAGAACGCCAACAUUGAAAAAAAGGAGGCUUUCCCCGAACCCAAGGUGAACGAGCAGCCCUUGUACCCUGGCAUGAGCGGUCGCAUGCCCUCUCCCACAACUCCGGAGAAGAGGGAGGAGAGGCAAUGCAUCAAGCAGGGACUUGCCCCUGGCGGCUGGGGAUAUGAGCAGUACAGCAUGGGCGGAAGCCAGGACUCUACCUACGAGUACUUCCCCAAGGAAUAUCUUAUGCUCGGCGGCCUUGAGCCCAAGUACAAGACAAUGCACAUUAAGACGAUUGAAGCCGUCAAGAAGUGGCUUCUCUAUAGACCUAUGGUUCCUAAGGACAGGGACAUUCUCUUUUCCGCCAAAGUUUCCACCUCUGGCGAACCUGAGAAGGAUGCCCGGACCGAGUACGAGGUCACGCAUCUCACCUGCUUCAUCGGUGGCAUGUUCGGUCUUGGUGGCAAGAUUUUUGACAGGCCCGAGGACAUUGAGAUUGCCAAGAAAUUGACAGACGGCUGUGUCUGGGCGUACGAAUCGAUGCCUUCCGGAAUCAUGCCCGAGGGCGCUACCGUCGUCCCCUGCGCAUCCACGCAGAGCUGCCCUUGGAACGAAACUCUUUGGUGGGAGCACCUCGACCCCUCUUCCUCUUGGCGCGACGAGCAGGUCAAGGAGUGGGAAGAGAGACAGCGCAACAAGAAGAGCGAGGAACUCAGGAGGGAGGCGGCCGUUGAGAAGUACUCGGUGGACAAGGUCAUGCCCCCGCCGGCGGAGAACAAACCUGCCGCAGAUGAGAAGGCAGAUGACAAGAAGGCAGACGAGGAGGAGGCAGAGCAAAAAAGAGUCGAAGAGAAGAAGCCAGACCCCUUCGCUGGUAUCGAGGUACCCAAGGACGAGCCGAAGAAGGUCGGCCAGGCUAAGAAGACCGAGUACCCCGCCCCCGAGCCCGGCCUGAACAAGUCCCCAUCCAACGUCGACGAGCAUCUGCUUAAGAAGAGGGCUUCCACUGAGCAGAAUGACCCCCGCAAGGGAACCGACGCAGAGAAGGCUACCAACUCUCUCAAGGACAAGCUCGACCUGAACAACGCCGAUAACUCCGACAGUGUCGCCGACGGCUCGCCGGUCAGCGGAGGUAUCGUCGGCUCGAUCCCUAUCUACUCUGAUGAAUCUUCAGACCCCAAGCCCAUGUCACACAAGGAGUAUAUUGCGAACAAGCUUGACGAGGAGAAGAUCCCGCCUGGUUUUGUUAACAUCAAUGCCAGGCGCUACAUUCUUCGACCUGAGGCCAUCGAAUCCGUGUGGUACAUGUACCGCAUCACGGGCGACCCUAUCUGGCAGGAGAAGGGCUGGAACAUGUGGCAGGCCGUUAUCAAGGCGACGCGCACCGAGUACGGCGCCAGCGCCGUUGACAACGUCCUGUCCGAGAAGCCGGAGCCCGUCGACGAAAUGGAGAGUUUCUGGGUGGCCGAGACGCUCAAGUACUUUUACCUCCUCUACUCGACACCCGAUGUCAUCAGCCUCGACGACUGGGUCCUCAACACGGAGGCUCACCCUUUCAAGAGGCCCGUAUAG